GCUGCCGCCGCCACCGUCGCCACACUUGUUGCAUUCAUCCAGAAAGGCGUGCGAUGAGCACGACACACUGAGGGAGGCGCGCCGGCCGGCGUGGCAUGUGAGGGCAUGGGCUGCACGCCCAGCUCGCUGCAGCAGCGCUACCAUGGGGCCGACGCCAUGGACGUGAAGGCGGCCAACACCUCUCCCAGCGCAGGGGGCGGUACCAGUUCGCCUCGAACGUGGCGCUUCCGCAAGGGCCACGCGGACAAGGACAAGGACAAAGACAAGGACAAGACAGGUGCCGCUGCCGAAAAUGCCGACAAGCCCGUGGUCGUCACCAAGUACUUCAUCUCGCAGAGGUCAUCUUUGGAGCUCCGGUUUGGCUACCUCACCAAAACCAACAACCAAACUCCGCUAAAAGUGCUACUGGCGAUCGGCCGCGAUGACGCGCAGAGCGACACGUUGCGGUCGGCGGCGGAGCGCCUGGGCUACGACUGUCGCGUCGUGCGCAGCCGGGACGCUUGCGUCGAGUCGUUCCAGGCGGCGCCGCCAGAGGUCGUCAUCAUCGACUGCCGCUACCCACGCAACCUGGACGGCGAGGCUACUUGCAGGGCGAUAAGGAACAGAAAAUCCAGCCAGUACACGGUGAUAGUCGCCCUCGUUCGAAGGAGCACGGCGGAAAAGGAAGAGGCAGCCGUCAUCCCGUACCUGAACGCCGGCUUUAACAGGUGGCUGCUGGAGUCGACGAGCGCGGGCCUAUGCAUGAGCGAGCUGCUGCAGCUGGAGCACAGCGACGUGGCGCCGCGCCUCCAGCUGGCCGCCGCGCAGGCGCUCUUCGUCGCCGUGGAGCGCAGCCGCGACGCCAUACACAUCACCGACAGCAGCCACACCAUACAGUACGUGAAUCGCGCCGGCGAGAAGAUAUCGGGCUACAGCCAGCGCGAGCUGCUGGGGCGGAACGUGCUGGAGCUGAACCAGAUGGAGGGCAAGGAGCUGAUGUUCCAGCAGCUGAGCCGCGGCCGCGAGUGGGAGGGCACGGUGGCGUGGCCGCGCAAGGGCCCGGCCGCCGCCUCCGCCUCCACCGCCGCCAUCACCGCCCCCAUCGCCACCCCCACCGCUGGCAGCGCCGGCGGCGAGACCACCGCCGCAGCCAACCCGCCUCCCGUGCCACUCGCCUGCCGCGUGCUGCCCGUCGCCGUCACCGGCAGACCACCGUCGCACUUCGUGUUUAUCCACGAGGUGCCUGGCCCCGGGAUGGGGAAGCGAGCCUCCGACUCUGGCUCGGCGUACCCCACGCAGCGCGGCAGCCUGCACUCCGUGAGGCGCAACUCCUACGACAUCCGCUCCGUCUCCAGCGACGGAAUUAGGCGGCAGAGCAUCGCCAAACUGCACAACCUGUCGAUCGAGGCGCCAAUCACCAAGGUCAUCUCUCUCAUCGCCACCGCGCAGGAGACGUCCUCACCGGAAGUGGUCCACAUGCUUGAUAAGGUGGUGGACAUCCUGCGCACCACCGAGCUCUACUCGCCCGUCAUGAAGGAGGACAAGGUGCGGCCGGGAGACCCCGUCACCAGCGACCUCAUCUCUGCAUUGCUGUCCGGCAGCGCGACUCCGGUGAACGUGACGCGGCGAAGCUCCAACGACUCGGCCGUUUCGCGCGGCGCUUCGAGCGGCGGUCUGCGGGCCACGGUACGCGCGGGCAAGAUGUCCGCCCAGCUGCGAGAGGUGCUCGACAUGGCCCUCCUCUGGGAGUUCAACGUCUUCAAGCUCGAGAAGCUCUCCGCAAACAGGCCGCUGGUAUACUUGGGCAUGAAUCUGAUGACGCACUUCGAGGUGCCGCAGACGCUGGGCUGCGACGAAGCGACCCUGCACAACUGGCUCACCAUCAUCGAGAUCAACUACCACACGACCAACACGUACCACAACUCGACGCACGCGGCCGACGUCCUGCAGGCGUGCGCCAACUUCCUGGAUCGCGAGCGGCUGCGCCAACUUCUGGAGCCGCUCGACGAAGCCACCUGCCUCAUCGCCGCCGCCGCACACGACGUCGACCACCCGGGCAAGUCCAGUGCAUUCCUGUGCAAUGCAGGCAACCCAUUGGCCAUCCUGUACAAUGACAUGUGCGUUCUGGAGUCACACCAUGCGGCGCUCACCUUCAAACUCACCCUGUCUGACGACAGGGUGAAUAUCUUCAAAGGACUGGAACGUGACAUGUACAAACGAGCUCGUCAGAGUGUCAUAGACAUGAUCCUAGCUACGGACAUGACAAAGCAUUUUGAACAUCUAGCCAAGUUUGUCAACGUAUUUGCCAAACCUACCACUCGUGAUGAAGACCCAGCGACAGAGGUGGGUUCCGAUUCAGCUGAUAUGAACAAUUUCUUGACGGCACCAGAAAAUAUUGCAGUUGUAAAACGCAUGCUGAUAAAGUGUGCAGAUGUGAGCAAUCCAGCAAGACCACUGAGGCUCUGUGUUGAGUGGGCUCGCAGGAUAGCAGAAGAAUAUUUCAGCCAGACUGAUGAAGAAAAGGCAGCCAACCUUCCAGUAAUGAUGCCUAUGUUUGACAGAACUACUUGUUCUAUACCCAAGUCACAGAUAGGUUUCAUGGAUUUCAUAAUCAAUGACAUGUUUGAAGCAUGGGAAGCUUUCAUUGAGAUGCCUGAGCUGAUGAACUACAUUGAAACAAACUACCGAUUCUGGCAAGAAAAAGAAGCGCAGGGUGUAACAACAAUUGCUGAUCUGAAAAUGGAGCCUUGUUCUAUUGAUCUUGUAGAAGAGGAUGGAGAAGGCUCAGUUUCAGCAUCAUAGACCUCUGUUCUUCACGUUGCUCUUCACUGUCAUAUUCAUUGAGCAUGUUGUCCUAAGUAACAACACAAGUUUCAUAUACCAAAUCCGUCAUCAGUGUUUAUAAUGUGUUUAUUGUCUAUUGUAGAUAAGUGUUUUAUAUGAACUUCAAGACAUUUCUGUGAGAAAAUGCAACAAGUGUGUGAAAAUAAUGAAUGGAUUCAACAGAUAUGUAUCUUUGAUGUGCUAUGAACUGAAUAUAGCCAUAUUGUUUUAA